UGGAGGAAAGAGAGAGGGUCGCACAGAGGUAAGAGCGAGUCUGGCAUCAGGAAGGAAGAAGAAAGUGUCAUCAUUGAGGGAGGGAGGGGUCUGACAUCACAGGGCUGGAUAUCAUAGAGGGAAUGUGGUGUCCUGAAGGAAGGAAAGAGUCUGGCAUGGCUGAGAAAGGAAGAAAUUGUCUCAGAGAUAAGAGAGUCUGACAUCACAGAGGAAAGAAAUAAUGUGAUGUCACAGAAAAAAGCAGGAAAUCUUCACUACUGGAGGAUGGAGUGUCAUCCUAAAGGUAAGAGGGACACUGGUGUGACAGAGGCAUUAUGCUGCUCGAGGUGUUCCUGGUCCUGGGGACUCUCCUCAUCUACUUCUUAUUUUUCAAGAAGAACGAGGAGACACUGCCCUUCAGAGAUGGGUGGUGGGGCAGGGGACAGAAGCCUGUGACUAAAGAAGACUCAAGCAUUAGGCCAUUUAAGGUGGAGACUGCAGAGGAAGAGCUGAGUGAUUUAUUUAGGAGACUGGACCAGGCUCGAUUCACUGAGCCACUGGAGAACAGCUGCUUCCAUUAUGGAACUAACUCGGUGCAUCUCAGGAAGGUUGUGUCCUACUGGAAAAACCAGUUCAAUUGGAAGAAACAAGUUGAAGUCCUCAACAAGUAUCCACAAUUCAAAACAAAGAUUCAAGGCAUUGAUAUCCAUUUUGUUCAUGUAAAGCCUCCUUGUUUGCCUGAAGGCCAGGCUGCAAAGCCACUGUUAAUGGUCCAUGGUUGGCCGGGCUCAUUCUACGAGUUUUACAAAAUUAUCCCUCUGCUGACGGAUCCUGCAAGCCACGGCCUCGGUGAUGAGCACAUUUUUGAAGUCAUCUGCCCAUCCAUCCCUGGUUAUGGUUUCUCAGAAGCACCCCACAAACAAGGCUUCAAUUCUGUGAGUGCUGCAUCUGUUUUUUAUGAACUGAUGCUCAGGCUGGGGUUCAAUGAGUUCUACACCCAGGGUGGGGACUGUGGCUGGCUCAUCUGCACCAGCCUGGCCCAGAUAGCUCCCAGCCAUGUGAAGGGUCUCCAUUUAAACAUGGUCUUGGUUUCGAAGCUGGGGCUCUCUCACCUGCUCUCCGUCCUGCUGGGCCGGUACUUCCCAGGGCUCUUUGGAUUCCAGGAUGAAGAUGUCAGGAGGAUGUUCCCCUUCUUGAAGAAAUGCCUCUACAAGAUCUUCUCUGAGUUUGGCUAUGCUCACAUACAGACUACAAAACCAGAUACUGUUGGCUGUGGUUUGAAUGACUCUCCUGUGGGACUGGCUGCAUACAUCUUGGAGAAGUUUUCCUCAUGGACUGAUAUGGAAUUCCAGAACCUAGAGGAUGGAGGGCUAGAGAGGAAGUUCAGCCUGGAUGAUCUGCUCACCAAUAUCAUGAUCUACUGGGUGUCAGGCUGCAUUGUCUCCUCCAUGCGUUUCUACAAAGAAAACUUGCAGAAGGGGAUAGGCACACAGAAACAUGAAAAGCUCACAGUACAGGUACCCACUGGCAUUGCUGCCUUCCCUAAUGAAAUCCUGCACAUACCCCAGGCUUGGGCCAAGAAGAAAUACACCAACAUUGUCUCCUUCCACUUCAUGCCUCGAGGUGGCCACUUUGCAGCUUUCGAGGAACCUGAACUUCUUGCUAAAGAUAUUCUGCAAUUUGUUGACAAAGUAGAGAAAGAGCAACUCUGGAAAAAGAAAGGGGAAUAACUUCCCUAAGAAACAGCAGGGUAAUUACUUCUAGCUUAGCACUUGUACAGGGCUUACUAAGUCUGCUGUAAUCCACGUAAUUAGAUCUUAUUGUUGACCAGAUGUGAGCAAGGACAGAAAGAAAAAUACAGUGUAUCUUCAUGAGAUACUGCCAUGGGGACCAACAGAUUUUGGGCUGGUUUUUUUUUUUUUGGUUUUUUUUGGUUUUUUUUUUGUUUGUUUGGUUUUGGUUUUUUUUGUUCAGCUAGGCUAAUAAAGUAGCAUGAAGAGUGCUUGAGUAACUUCUGAAACAUGUUCUGUAGGAUUUUUGACUCUUGCUUUGAGGUUGAAAAAUAGACCUCACAACAACUAACGUACCUAGUAACAGUAAAAUUGUUAUGAAAGGCUUUUUCUUUUCAUGGCAGCAGUAAAAUUUGAUUUGCUGUGGGUAUGAAGUUCCUCACAUAAAGAGUAGGGAGCAGCCUGGCAGGACCCAACUUGCAUAAGUGCAUCAAUCAAUCAGCAUUGAUGAGCUACAGUAUCUUUAAACUGCCUUCUGCUGGCUGCCUUUCUCUUCCAGCCUGGGCUCUGAAGCAGCUUCCUGGCUGUGAAGAAGCUGGACUGCCCUGUGCCAGGCUCCUGGGAUAUGUGAGGAGCAGCUAAAAGACACAGGUGCCUGUAGCUCAGCCCAGGAGAUGGGACUGGGUAGGAGUAAUUGCAGCCCCAGCUACCUCUGCACUGAAUUUGUACUCUUAAGUCAUAGCCCUGGGUAGGCUCAACACACUGUGGCUUUGCACUGCUUUGGCAGGGUGUUAUAAAUACCUCUUACUAAAGGAUAAAAAUAUUAUGAAUUCAAAAUUAAAAGAAAAAUUAAUUAA